CAACAGCAACAGCACAGGCAACAGUAGCUGGCAAUUUAAUUACCAAAAAAAAAACCAAAACCAAAACCAAAAACUUUCAAACGCAUUCGCGUGUGCGUGUGCGGCUCGUGUGUGUGCCCGUGUGUGCGUCGUGUGAGGUGUUUCCCCCAUUUAGUGUAAACUUUUGCCAAGCGACAGCUGAGCCAGGGUCUGUGGCUGCAUCAACCUGCAUUCAGCUGCCAUUCAAAAUGAUUGAAAUUGACGAUCAAAUCAGCAAGCCACUGAACCUGGCCAACUCGGCAGUUCUGAGAGCCGUCGAAGAGGAGGAGCAGCAAGCCAAAUGCGACUUUUAUCCCCAAGAGAGACAGAGUAGGACGCGCCAGCGCGGCGAUGCGGAUGGCCUGCACCAUACGCUGCACCAGCAGCUGCUGGACCAAAUCAAGACGCACUAUCUCAGCCACCAGCAGGACAUCACCAUCGACAGGGACACGGUGCUCAAGAUCAAUCGGCUGGCCAGCAAGCGGCACAUGCUCAAGCGGGACCACAGCUGGCCGCCCACGGAGGCCGAAGCGGUGGCCAUAACCGCCAGCAGUCCGGAUCUCAGUCACAUGCCCGUGUGCGCCUCGCACAGCAUUGAGGCGCUGCGCGAGAAGUUCCAGAGUCCAACGAGGAUCAUCGAGCCCACGGCCAAGCAGGUGCGCGAGCAGCGACAGCGCGAGGGCUCCAAGGAGCGGCCCAGCACUCCACUGCGCAGCUCUGAGCUGCAGCCGGCGCAGCUCUUCCAUCAGACACCCGUGGCCAAAGGCUUCUCCGCGCCGGAGACCAAAGCAGCGGACGUGGACCUGGGCCUGGUGGCGCCCCGCUGCGAGUACUACGAGCAGUUGGCCCACAAGCGACCCACCACGCCCACAGCGCUGACGAUAACGCCCUACAGGCCGAGGGCCAAGCGGCAGGCGUACUCGCUGGAACGCGGACGCUGCCGUAAGCGGACAGUGUCCGCCGCUGGAGCAGCGCCAGAGCUGCCACCGCCCAAGCCACGCGCCAGCAACAAGGUGCCGAAGGUGCAGCGGCGAUGCGUGAAGCUGGCCACCGAGGUGAGGAUUUCGUAUGACAAUGAGGCCGACAGCGAAGAGGAGGACAGGCCCAAGGCCGCUGCCAGCAGCCAAGAGUUGGACUUGGAGGCCGUGCCACUGCCCCCGAUACCCAAAGCCAAAGCAGCGGCAGCGGCAGCUGCCGCCAAUGUGGCGGUAAUUGACAGCCUGGCAGUCAAGCGGCAGCAGCAGUUGGCUCUGGCACUGGCCAGGCAGCAGCCCACCGCUGGCACUCGCAUCAUACCAGUUCGCGUUGAGGCACAGCCGAGUGCCCAGCAGAUGUACGAGGACGCCUGCAGCUACCUGCAGCAGGACAGCCAGCAGAGCCAGCAGAGUCAGGAGAUGCAGCAGCAGCAGGCACCCACCUAUGUGAGCGCCACCAGUGGCAUCAAGCUGCUGCAGCGACAGGCACCACCGCCGCCGCCGCCGCCGCCACCUCCUCCACCACCACCAGCACCGCCCAUGGCCAUGCCCGCCAAGCUGCGGCCCAAGUCGGGCGAGGAAUCGCAGGCCAGAGCCAAGCAAGCGCGCCGCGUGGGUGGCAUCUACGGCGCGGAGUCCGCGGCGGAGCAGCAGCAUGAGGCGCACGUGGAGAUCUCCCAGCUGGAGGCCAAGUACGCGCACAUACAGCAGUCGAUAGCGGAGCAUCUGCGGCAGAUCGACACGUACAUGGAGAAUGCCAAGUUGGCGCUGCAAAGGAGUGUGCAGACAGCGCCAGACGAGGCCACACCUCCUCCUGCUGCGCCUGCUGCUGCGCCUGCAGCCUCCCAGGACUGCCUGUGGGACAUGUUCGCCGCUCGCCAGUCGCCCAUUUUGGCCGUGGAGAGUCCGCUGCAGGCCAUACUCCGGCAGAUUUACUGCCGCGCCUCGGCCCGACCCAAGGAGGAGUCCAUUGCGGAGGUGGAGGCCAACGAGGAGCUGACCGAGAAUGUGCCCAUUGUGGAGCGAGCGCUGGAGGACUUGCACAGAAUUGCGCUGGCGCUGGAGCAGCCACCAGAGGAACUGGCCGCGGAGGAUCAACAGGGGGGACUGGAGAGACUUUUGCGCUUGGAGCACAAGCUCCAGCCAGCAGCUGCAACGGAGGAUGUGGAGUAUCGACACGUGUCCGAUGUCAUAGCCAACUACGAGCAGCUGGCAACGGGCAAACAGCAGCCAGAGGCAGAGGUAGAGACAGAGACAGAGACUGCGACUCAGCGCCACAAGGAAGCGGCAGAAGAGGAGCAUCAGCAAAAGGACGAGGAACCCUGCGCCCAUGCCAGCAGCGAGCCCAACAUCUGCUGUGCCGUUUGCCAUGAGCUGCGCUACUCGCCCAACAACUGGGCAAAGCUGACCAAGGCGGACCAGUGGCGCAUCGCCAAUCUGCACAACGAGCCCAUGGAGAACUACAAGGCCACGUACGAGAUACGCAGUCCGUACAUCUCCCGCCAGAUCUCCUGGGAGGACACGCAGAGUGCGGAGGCCACCAAGCCGCCGGAGAAGCUGCAGCGGCAGCGAAGCUUUGUGGAGAUUGUGACCACGCGGACAGCAGACUCGCCACCGCCGGCACCUCCGUUGCGCUUGAAUCUACCCGCAGCGGAGAUCAGCUGGCAGCGCAGUCGCUCGCCCAGUCCGCUCUCCUCACGCAAGUAUCCCGCGCCCCUGAUCGAGGCGCCCGAGCGCGCCAGCUCGCCCUUUGGACUCAAUCCGGUGCUGAGGAUGCCCGCGGCUCCUGCAGCGUUCUCGCAUGUCCCCCAGCUGGAGGGCCACAACAUUGGGCUGCUCGUGCGCACUGCCACGGAGCCGCUGCAGCAGGCAAUGUGCGCCUCCUCCUCGCUCCUCGCACCUUCGCAGCGGGACUCCAGUGUGAAUCGCUGCUUUGACAAUGUCUCGCCAAGACCCUAUUUGGGCAUUGAAGGCUACAAGCGCGUGGCCUGGCCACCCGCCUCGGAGGAGCGCAUUGUUCGUGAGUUCACUCCGCAGCCGCAAAGCCAGAGCCCCGCGCCCGGCGCUGGCGGUUACUACGCGCAGCCAGCGGCCGCCGCAGCUGCGCCACAGCCAAGCGCUGUUCAGGCAGCUCAGGGUCCCAUUUAUAAUAACGUCCAGCCACGAUCCACUCCAGCAAGACAGCAACGAUCUACGCCCACACCGCAGGCACGUUUUACGCCAACACCUCAGCCACAAUACACUCAACCACAGGUGCAGGCGCCACAGCAGCAGCAGCAGCAGCAGUACCCAUACGCUGCUCAGGGUUCAGAACCCAGCUAUACUCCCCACGAACAGCAGCAACAGCAACAGCCCGUGCAGUACACUCAAGCGCAGUUCAAUAGGCAACCCUCAAGGGAGCCUGCGCCAGUCUCGACCGAUGCGUAUCCCAACUAUCAGUCGAACUAUCAGCAGCAGGAGCCUCAGUUGGCCGCGGACAAUGCGGGGGGUGGCUGGAAGCCCAUACGUGCGCCAUUGCCCAAGUCGCAUCAUGACUACACGCCGGCGGGAGGAGCGCCCUACCAGGGAUUUGCUCCCCAGCAGCAGCAGCGACCAGCCUAUCUACAGCAGCAGCCACAAUAUGGUAACCAGCAACAGCAGCAAGCUGCACCACAGCAGUCUGUGGCUCCACAGUGGCAACAACAGCAGCAGCCUGCACCACAGUGGCAACAGCAGCAAUACCAGGCACAGCCUCUGUCUCAGGCUCAGGCUCCCUAUCAGACGUCGCCCUACCAACAGGCAGCACCACAGCAGCAGCAGCAGCAGCAGCAGCAGCAACCAUCCUACUAUCCACAGCAAAAUGGUGGCUCGACCUAUGCUCAACCGCAGUACAAUUCUUAUUCGCAGCCCCAGCAGCAUCAACUGCCGUACUCGCAGGAUCAGACAGAUCAGCAGCAGCAGCAGCAGCAGCACCAAGUGCCCAUUGCCUAUGCUGGCCAGGAUGCGGGCUAUCGUGGCGCCAGUCCCGGGAUUAUAACCCUGAGAAAGGAAGCGCCUGUGUCGCAGCAGUCUGCGCCAGUCUACACUUCGCAGCCAGCCGCCGUCAGCUAUCAGGGAGGCAGCAAGUUGCGCGGAGAUUUGAAAUGGCCACCACCAGAGUACAAGGAAGCGGCUGCACGCGAGAACGAGGAGCGUCGCCAGUUGGCCUUGGGCCCCGUCUGCCGUCCCAGAAAAGUAAAUAGGAACAACUUUCGUCAGGACUACACAUCCUUCUUUGCCAAGCAUCAGCUGAACAACGCCUAUCCCAGCUACAAGGUGCCGCCCGGCACACAGCACAUGUUCGCCUAAGGACUAGGAUCAGCCAGCUGCAAGCACACAUAAUUCAAUGGAACCCACUUCAUAAUAUAUAAUAAUAAUAAUGAUAACGAUGCUACUAAAACGAGAACAAACUAACGAACAGAAGGGCAAGAGCCAAACUAUCUGUAGGACAUAUAAACAAUUGUUAUACUAAUCCUAAAGGAAACACUAACGACGCCAUAUAUACGCAUAUAUAACUUAUGUAACGAAACGAAAUACAAUACCACAGAGGUGAGCGCGCUGUGCCAGACAAUGGAUCCAUGCCGGCUAGAACGGAUUGGACCCAUUGUGUACGGGAAGCAGCAACCUCAACCACUGGGCAGUGGAUAACGAAAGAUGCAGCUCGUAGCCAUACUAUAUGCACAUAUUUUGGAGCAUGUGCAUAUAGCAUGGCAGCAGCUGGACACAGAUAAACUAUAUACUAAACAAUAUAUAUAGCAUUAGUUACUAAGGAUAAUUAAUUGUUACAAAACAUUGUUACAAAAAACUAGCAAAUGAAACGGAAACGAUGCGACCCAAGACGGAAAACGGAAAACGGAAACCGGAAAACAAAAUGAGAUUGCAAAACCUUGUUCUAGCGCCCUAAGGCCAUUACUAAUUAUAUUAUUCUAUUCUUAUAUAACGUGGAUGCGCACGGACAACUCACACCAAGGGAGAGCCCACUGGUGGCCCGUUCUUGGCCUGGGGCAGGCGACUCCACAACCCCCUACUAACUGUAUAUUGUAAAACGAAAGGAGAUGCCGCCCGAGGCGAAGUUCUUGGCCAAGUUCUUGGGCACUCUUGGUGGUUGCUCGUUGAGGCAUCUCAAUGUUUAUUGUUUGAGUUUGCAUGCUUUUUGCUCUAUAUAUAUUACGACCCAAAGUGGUCCGAACUGCAUAUGAAAAACCGUCAAAUAACCGUCAAAAACGCAUAGAAAGUUAUGCUACGAGAUUCAGCCAGUUCUGUGAGUCAUUAAUACGUCAAUCAGCAAAAGAAAAACAACCAACAGAACGCCACACAGUCGGUCCGCCGAAAUGUUCGAACCUCCCCACCACGCAAAGGCCGGCAAUACAGCUUGCCCCGUGCACUGGAUUGGCAGAGUGCUCUGCCCCCAACCAACGAAACAUCAGCUGAGGGCGACCCGAGAUCAAUCCACCAGCGGCAAACAGUAUGAGGAUGCCAUUGCCUGCUGCACGUGCACGGCCCGAGCUUUGUGCGCGGUCUUUGUCGCGGUGCAGGGGGACUCGAGCGGCGGACUCGCGUGGCAAAACUCAACUCUCUCAGACUUAACCAAAUUACUAAGACCAGCCAUGUCAAACACCCAACUAAACGAUGGAUGUAUAACUAAUAUGAGAAAAAUGAAAUGAAAACUAUACUAAAAUAAACGGCAAGUUUCUGAAUA